GAGCACGUCCGAGCGGGAGCGUGAGGAGGAGGCGCGCGCGCCGGCAAAGCAUCAACAAGGGAGGGCAAGAGGAAAAAAAAAAAGAGGCAGAAAGAUUUCAGGACCUUCCGCCCGGGUUGGUUGUCCGGAGCAGGUACCGUUGAACGUCAGGAGGCCGGCUGAGGCGCAAAGCAAGCCGGCUUCGGUGGAACGAAAAGAUGGCUGAGUGUCCAUAAAACAUCAUUCAAAAGAAGGCAGAUACCUUUACAACUUAGAAAGGACCAUGGAUCACCUGGCUUCAUUCAGCAGUGACCCUUUUGACAAGCCACCAUGCCGAGGGUGUUCCUCUUACCUUGCAGAACCCUACAUCAAAUGUGCAGAAUGCAGCCCACCUCCUUUUCUGCUAUGCUUGCAGUGCUUCACAAGAGGAUUUGAAUAUAAGAAGCAUCAGAGUGACCAUUCCUAUGAAAUAAUGACCUCUAAUUUCCCCGUCCUUGAUCCUACCUGGACCGCUCAGGAAGAAAUGGCUCUUCUGGAAGCAGUGAUGGAUUGUGGCUUUGGAAAUUGGCAAGAUGUAGCCAACCAGAUGAGCACAAAGACGAAAGACGAGUGUGAAAAGCAUUACAUGAAACAUUUCAUCAAUAACCCCCUUUUCGCAUCCUCCUUAUUACAUCUGAAGCAGACAGGGGAGAAGCAGCAAACCAGCUUAGCCACUCCGUUUUUUGCAUCUGAAGAUCCUCCCCGGCCUACCUUUGAUUCCCUUCUUUCUAGGGAUAUGGCAGGAUACAUGCCAGCCAGGGCGGAUUUCAUUGAGGAGUUUGACAAUUAUGCCGAAUGGGAUUUAAGAGAUAUAGAUUUUGUAGAGGAUGACUCGGAUCUUUUACAUGCUUUGAAGAUUGCAGUCGUAGAUAUCUAUCACUCUCGGUUAAAGGAAAGGCAAAGACGGAAAAAAAUCAUCAAAGACCAUGGGCUAAUCAACCUCAGAAAGUUUCAGAUUCUGGAAAGAAGAUACCCAAAGAAAGUUCAAGAUCUCUAUGAGACCAUGAGGCGCUUUGCAAGAAUAUUGGGACCGACGGAACACGAUAAAUUCAUAGAGAGCCAUGCACUGGAGUUUGAGCUGCGAACUGAAAUCAAACGCCUUCAGGAAUACAGGGUAGCAGGAAUCACCAAUUUCUGCAGUGCGAGGACAUACGAUCGUCUGAAGAAGGUGCGGGAAGAGGAACGGUUAAAACGCACCAUGCUUUCUGAAGUCCUGCAGUACAUCCAGGACAGCAGCGCCUGCCAGCAGUGGCUCAGCCGGCAAGCUGACAUCGAUUCUGGCCUGACUCUCACAGUACCAAUUACGUCAAAUUCAGGUAGACGAAGUGCUCCUCCGUUGAACCUCACCGGUCUCCCUGGAACGGAAAAGCUGAACGAGAAGGAAAAAGAGCUCUGUCAAAUCGUACGGUUGGUCCCUGGAGCAUACUUAGAGUACAAGGCCGCCUUAGUCAACGAGUGCCACAAACAAGGAGGCCUCAGGCUAGCCCAGGCCCGAGCCCUGAUCAAGAUCGACGUGAACAAGACCAGGAAGAUCUACGACUUCCUCAUCCGAGAAGGAUCCAUCACCAAAGCCUAACAGGGAGAAAAAAAAAAAAUCAGAAACUUUUUUUGGGGGGUACUUUUGCACCUUGUGCUUUUGAAGCAAAGAUUGGGGUUUCGUCCAUCGUGGCACUUGCAAGAUGGAGAAAGACGUCUUCGCAAACUUCAUUUACAUUUCCUCGGUUCUUUUUAACUCUGGUGUAUUAACGAUUUGCGUGCCCUGUGCUGCUAUGAACUUUUUUGGAAAGAAUGGUAAGAUAUGUAAUCUAUUAAUAAAAUAUGAGUGGGUAGCAUA